CCUCGUGCGCGCGCGGAAUCCCAGCCCUGCGUGACGGAGAGGAGAGGGCGCGUCCACGCGUGUGCGCGCUCCGGGCGGGCUGCGGCUUGCAGAGAAGCGCAGAGAGAGCGAGAGAGAGAGCACGCCCGGCUGGGAGCGGAGAGAGAGCCCUGUGUACCGGGAGCUGUGAGAGACCCACCGAGACACCCCCCCCUCCUCCUCCCCCUCCCCACACAGCCAGCAUGUCGGCAGCGCAGGUUUCCUCGUCACGCCGCCAGUCCUGCUACCUGUGUGACCUGCCGCGCAUGCCGUGGGCCAUGAUCUGGGACUUCACCGAGCCCGUGUGCCGGGGCUGCGUCAACUACGAGGGCGCCGACCGCAUCGAGUUCGUCAUCGACACGGCCCGCCAGCUCAAACGCAGCCACGGCUUCCAAGAUGGGCGCUCCCCGGGGCCCCAGGGGCCAGGAGCCGGCGGGGCCGCCAAGCAGCACCCGGCCGUGCAGGCAGCCCUGACCGCCAAGGACACAGCCCAGCUCAACCACCUGGACGGGGCCAGCAAGGCUGCCGCCGCCUCGGGGCUGGAGAGAUACGGGCUGUCCAGCGAGAGGGGGCGAUUCGAGUACACCCUGACUGCUGCCAGGCUCCCCAAUGGCCUCAAUGGCUUCCCCAAACCGGGGGAGGAUGGACCCCCCGAGCUCAACCGACAGAGCCCCAACUCGAGAGGGCGGGCUGGCCACGGAUUGAUCCCCCAGCUGGGGCCCAGUCAGCUGAGUGUCCCCCCAAACCUGCUCCCUCAGACUCUGUUAAACGGACCCCCAACAGCAUCUUCUUCGGGGGCCCCGCACGUCCUGGGAAGAGGUCCCGCUGGCUCCAGUGGCCUGAGCGGCCCGCCGCCACCCACGGCCUCGUCGUCUGGCGAUCCCAAGCGUCCGGGGUCUGUGUCCAGCACCGACCAAGAAAGGGAGCUGAAGGAGAAGCAGAGGAACAGCGAGGCUCUCUCCGAGCUGACAGAGAGUCUCCGUAACAGAACAGAAGAGUGGGCUGGGAAACCCAAGGCUGUGCGAGACGCUUUGCUCACGCUGUCUAGUUGCACCCCGUUUGACGUCCGCUUCAAGAAAGACCACACUUUGUUGGGGAGAGUAUUUGCGUUUGACGCUGCAUCAAAGCCCGGCUUGCUGGAUUAUGAGCUCAAACUCUUUGUGGAGUAUCCCAGUGGCUCGCUUAACGUGUUCAGCUCUGCUUCUGGCGUAGCUAAGCAGAUGUAUCAAGACUGCAUGAAAGACUUUGGCCGUGGCCUUUCUUCUGGCUUUAAAUAUUUGGAGUAUGAGAAAAAGCAUGGCUCUGGAGACUGGCGCUUGUUGGGAGACUUGCUUCCAGAGUCGGUGCGUUUCUUUAAAGAGAUGGUAGGAGCGGACAUGCUACCACAACCCUACCUUGACCCUGGCUGUCCCAUGUUGCCCAGUGCUCUGGUCAAUCUACCACGUGCCCUGGCUGCUGCAGCUGCUGCCGCCUCUUCAGCUGGGGGAAGCAGUCAGGCCAGAGGGGGUGCACGGAAACGCAAGGCUUCUCCAGAACCAGAUUCAGCUGAAGGACAAAUGUGGAUAACUGGUCAGCCAGAUGGUAUAAAACAACUAAGUUUAGCAGCUGCUGGGGGAACACCAUCCUCCUCGUCUUCAGCUUCAGGCUACGGUGGCCCUGCUCCGCCACCCCCACCUCCACCUCUUGGCCCUGGGCACCCACAACGAACCACUCCACCUGAGAGUGCUCCUAAUGGCCCAUCACCUAUGGCAGCCUUGCAGUCUGUGACAGACACUUUGGGAACAGCUCACUCCCCUAAGGAUGGACAGUCGGGUGGGGGACCUGCAGUGCACUCCACCACUUCAUCUGCCCGCAGGAACAGCAGUAGCCCGGUAUCUCCUGCCUCUGUCACUGGACAGAGGCGCCUGAACUCUCGAAAUGGUGCUGGGUCUACAGAGUUAAGUCUGCAAGUGGCACCUACUGGGGGAGCUUCUCACCCGGGAAUGGACCAAGUGCACCCCCAGAACAUUCCUGACUCACCCAUGGCCAACAGUGGCCCCCUCUGCUGCACAAUUUGCCAUGAGCGUCUGGAGGAUACACAUUUUGUCCAGUGCCCAUCUGUUCCCAGCCACAAGUUCUGCUUCCCCUGCUCCCGUGAAAGUAUCAAAGCUCAGGGGGCAACAGGUGAGGUCUACUGCCCCAGUGGUGAGAAGUGCCCACUGGUUGGCUCCAAUGUGCCCUGGGCAUUUAUGCAGGGGGAAAUUGCCACCAUCCUGGCAGGGGAUGUAAAGGUGAAAAAGGAAAGAGACCCUUAAAAUGGGCGCCAAGUGGGCAUAGACACAUUAUCUUGCAAAGGAUUCCUUGUCUCAUUAAUGUAUCUGUACAGUUCCUCAUUUAUAACCUACAGCCCAAGGACAAGCUCUGAGGAUGGGGCCCAAUGUAAAGGGGACACAUGGCUUUGAGAUUGAGAAUGUAAUUGGGCACCUCCACAACAACCCAAAUCUGUUUUGUUCCAGUACUUGAGGAAUCCCUUACUGUUUUACAAAUAUUAAAAUGUGGUCCCAGUGCUCCUCAACAUGUGGUGGAGAAGUCUGUGGGGGGGGGGUGAUUGGAUUUGCAUAACCAUGAAACAUAACACUUUGUAAUGUUUGCCCUUCAAGGAAUAACUUGCUGGAAUUUGUAAUUAACACGAAAUCAAAACCUGCCUGUGGGACAGAACCAGGAGGCCCUAAAAAUGUGUAUAAACCCCCAAGGGACAAGGCAGGACAAGGGGUGCAAGCAGUUCCUGUCGAUGUAUAAAUUGACUCUUGGGUGGACGGUCACACGAACUUUAGUCUUAUGCACAGACCAUUUUUGUUGUGUUUCAGUACAUUGAAGCACUGGUAAUGUAAACUUCAUUUGAAAAGUGAAACAGGUGACAUAUUUGGGUAAUGCGGGAUAUUAUCUGUUGUUUCUAUUUUUCAUUUAUUUUAUUUUUUUUAACCGCUUUUGUGGCAGUGUGACCACUGGGUAAAGGUUUAUAGCACUUAGCGAUGCUGCUGGUGUGUAAUUUUUUUUGUAAAUGUACGCACUUCUCUCCAGGCCCCGGGGCAGACCGUAAAGAAAUACAGUUUAGUAUGUAGAAUAAAGGGAGGGGGUGGGAUUUUUUUUUUUUUUUAUAUAUAUUUUUUUUCCCUUUAGCUGGUGUCUUUGUACCACGUCACACUAUUUUCCCCUUUUCAGCUUUGCCCUGAUGCGGGUGGGUGUUUAUAAUCUAGUGUAAUUAACAUAUUGCAGGUUGCUGCAGGUCUAAUUGGUUUAACCUGUUGAAUGCUGGCAGUAAUUGAUCUGUCCCUUGGCCAGUAAGGGGUUCCACAUUUAAUUUUAUUUUUCCUUUUUUUUUUUGCACGGGCGCUUUGAGCAGUAGAGCAAGUUGCUGUCUGUACAUUUCGGGUGGGAUAAACUUUUCUUUGUCCAGAAUACAUUUCUGUAGUAUAACAGACCACUGUUAUGUGCCUUGGAGCUGAUUACAUUGUAAUAAAUCUGAUUCAUAUUACUGCUCUGUGAAUAGUUCCUGGUUUUUAUCAGAUUACAGUGUGUUGUCAUUACUAAGAUGGGUGUGUGCUGCCUUUUUAGAUUUGUUCUCUUCUGAUUUCCUGACUGAGCAUUUCACUCCUUACCCUCUCUCACUGCCUCUGUGUAUUUUAAUCUUACCCUAUCUCUGUCCUUGCUUUUUGCUGCCUUGACUUUUAUCUGUCCCUGCUUUUUUUUUUUCCUCCAUUGAACCUUUGUGAAGUUUGCUCUACUGCCUCUUGUGUUUUGCACACCGAUUCUUCUCACUGCUCAUUCCUUGCUUGUUUGCUUACUCUUUCUAAUACAGCUUGCUCUACAUUCUAUUCAUCUUUUCUCACAGCAUCACAAUCUGCUCACUCACUCCCCCUUGCCAUUCUGUUUGUUAACCUGUCUUUUUAAGCUCUCCACUCUAUCACCCACCUGUAUUUUUUUUUUUUUCGUCACCCAUUUCUUCAUAUCUCUGCACACACCUAGGUUGGUUCGCUAGUCUCUUGUAUCUUGUUGAGCACCCUUUGGUCAACACUCACCCAUAAUAACUAGCCUAAAUCAUGGAAAUCUCUUUUCACCUGUAUCUUAUGGCUCUUUAGUCUGCUUGCUAAGCUGUUGCUGCUUAAAUGGUGAUUAACCCAUCUGCUCUUACAUUUCUCUUGUCCUUUCUUUGCUAUCUCUGUUUUGCUGCUCUCUGCUGCCUCUCCUACCUCUGCUUUAACUUCCUUUUUGUAUCGCACCUCUCUAUCUCCACUCUGACUUCACUCUUUGCUCAAUCUCUGCCAUCCUCCAUUUUGCACAUGUUUUGUCUCUUUAAUGACUGAAGCUUUGGGUGUAUUAUAAUAAUUUUUUUUUUCUAUAAAAUAAAAUUUAUGAUAUAGUGUAAA